AUGUCUAGCGUAAAGUCCAGGCUUGCUAAUCUUAAUAUCGCAUUUUUAGACCUCGUUUCAACCUCACCCUUGACGACUAUGACGCACGCCCGACAUAGCAGCAUCGGCCGUGAUAUCAUCCGCGGUAUUGAUAUCGAUCAAAACUACAAGCGAAGCCUCGAUACCGCUGCCAUCGCCCGGUCCCCCGAGCACAACAUCACUAAGACUAUCCCUCCUCCGAAAGAAGCCUUGGUCGAUACUGUCGCAUUGCCAGCUACGGCAAAACAAGCCGAGCUGGAUUCCAUCGCCGAGCCCAAAGAAGCCGACCUAGCCGAACUUAGUGCCACGUGCGAUAUUGUUAUAGAUCUUGAUGAAGUUGAGAUUGACUCAUUCGAGACUCAUCGUGUCGACGAAACCAAUGCCACAGUUGAUAUCUUAGUUAAAUGGGGAAACGGCGAGCAGUCUUGGGAACCUGAAUGGAACCUCCGACAACAAGUCCUUGUGCUUAUCUACAAGUACUGGGACACUGUCGGUAGACGUGAUGCAGCCCAGCAUAGCCUUCCGGCGGACAACGAAAGAGAUAAUGGCUUGAGAGGGCAGUAUUACGCCUGUCACGCAGAGAAGCAACUUAUCGCCUACUUUGUGAACACCCACGUUGUCUUGACAGAAGACCAUUGGCAUCUCAGAGAAGCCAUACCUCCGGUCAUGAUUAACAAAGCUCAAAUUAUAGUGAACAAGUAA